CCGACUCAGCUGGCAUGUAUGGUUAACACGUAUGAGGUUGGUAGAACUUAGAAGCUUCAUGAGAUGAAGGGUGGAGAAGGUAGCCACGUAACAGAGGCGCAGAAUUACUGGGUGUGGUGGAAAACAGGAGCACCGAAUAUUCCAUACCACCCAAUUUGAAAAUACCCUUUUCUUAGCAGGACUCCAUUUGCCUACUGCGUUCCUGGUCUGUUUUUCCUCUCAUUUAAGCCCCCCUCUCUCUUUGUUUUUUCCCUGCCUCCAAUCCAAUCCUCAGAAUCUCAUUCUACUCCCUAAAAUUUUAAUGGCUAUUUCCUCACUGGAUUUACAUCUGUUGAAUUGUCGUUUGGUUUGGAUUCAAUCUCCUUUUACACAUCUUUUCUUCGCUAAAUCUUCGUCUCAUCGUCACAUUUCCAGUCAACUCUCUUCCUUUUUCUGACAAGCAAGAGGGGAGAGAGAAAAACACCCAUCACACAUGGGAAAGCGUAACUCUCAGCGUAAAAAGGUUUCACUGUUGGAUAGUGACGAUGAUGAUAGUGCGAGUUCUUCGUCCACUUCCCGGUCAGAUCUUGUGCUGGCACAAGGAAUUGAGGAUGUCCAGCUUGAUAAAGAGAGUUCACUAGAUCAGGCUUUGGAUGCUUUAUAUGAAAAAAGGGGAACCACGAGAGAAAGGGCCUUGUCAUCAAUAAUUGAGGCUUUUAGCAGCAACCUGCAGCAUCUGUUUGUGGAAAAGAAAUUCGCUACAUUGCUGCAUCAGUGUUUGAAUUCCAUCAAGCGAGGGUCUGCUAAAGAGGCAUCUUUAGCAUGUCAUGCAAUUGGAUUGCUGGCUUUGACUGUUGGUCAUGGGGAUAAUGCACAUGAGAUAUUGGAAGAAUCAGUUCCUCCUAUUUCACAGGCUCUCAAAUCUUCAUCUGAAUCAUCAAAGAUAUCAUGGUUAUUGGAAUGCUUGGCUAUUGUCACCUUCAUUGGUGCAAAUGAUCCAGAAGAAACAGAAAGAUCAAUGCAAAUUAUGUGGCAAUUACUUCAUCCAAAAUUGGGUUCUAAUGUGGUUGCCAGAAAACCUUCAGCAGAGGUAAUAACAGCAGUGGUGUCUGCUUGGUCGUUUCUUCUUACAACCAUGGAUGGGUGGAAACUGAAUCCUAAAAAUUGGCAAGGGUCAAUUUCUUAUUUUUCUAGUUUGCUAGAUAAGGAUGAUCGAUCUGUACGCAUUGCAGCUGGUGAAGCAUUGGCUCUUAUUUUUGAAGUAGGAAGUUUAGAGAAGUUCUUUAUCGAACCUAAAGGUCCUAGUGACAGCUCAAUUCAUGAAGAGAAUAUUCAUCGGGAAGGAUUUACACACAUACAAGGACUUAAAGGGAAAAUUCUAAAUCAAGUGAGAAACCUUUCAGUGGAAGCAGGUGGUAAAGGUUCUGUGAAGAAAGACCUUAACAGCCAGAGAAACUCAUUUAGAGAUAUAUUAGAAUUUCUUGAGGGUGGUUACUGUCCUGAAACCUCAAUGAAAAUUGGUGGAGAUUCACUGAACACAUCAACAUGGUCUCAACUGAUACAGUUAAACUUUCUGAAGCACUUUCUCAGGGGCGGAUUUGUUAAGCACAUGCAGGAAAAUGAAUUUCUUCAUGAAGUCUUUGGUUUCACACCAAAAAGAAAGCAUCUUUCGGGCAGUGAGCAUCAUUUAUCUAGUGGUGAAAAGCUACCAAGCUUCUUUGGAAGGUGCAUUGAGGGAUGCUGUGAAUCAGUCCCGAGGCUAUAGCCUUAGUACAAGGUAAUUGAAACUUAAUACAACCUCAAGGCUGUUGAGGCUUAAGCCUGAAAAUUUUAAUGGGUUUGCCUUUUGUGGUUUAAUGGUAUACAUUUCCUAAGAUGCUUCAGCCUCAAUAUGCAAAAAGUUUUAAUGGGUUUUGAGCUUUUGUUGGCUUUUGGUGUAUAUUUUAUAAUUCUUUAGCGCUUGGGUUUAAAAAAUAAAGGUUAAGCUGGCUUCAAUCUAACUUCUGUUAAAAAGGGGGGAAAACAGAGAAAAAGAUUGAGAAGAAUAGAGUUGUUGGUUGCUGAAACAGUUGGACUCAUAUAUAAUCAACUUUCUUACAAUUGGUAGACCAAGGAAAAAAACCAUUUCAAUCAGUGGAUGAAGAUGACAUCAACACUAAUAGGGGAAAAUGAUAAAGCAAUUGAAUGCAAUGAUAAUUGUUUGGAGGAUGUUGCCAAUGAUAAUAAUGAUGGUGACAAAGAAUCAUUGAUAAAUCCAUGGCCCAUGAGAAAGAGUUGGAUUUUGAAAUAAAGAAAGAAGAAUUGAAAUGAUAAACAAUUAAUUUUAUGGUCUUAUUAUUUCAUUUUAAGUGAUUUUAUUAAAUAUUUUUUUCUGCAUGAGUUCUUUUAUUUAUUUAUUCAUUUAUUAAUUUUAAAAUUUGAGGCUUAUGCCUUGAGGCUUACACCUCUCUUCAUUUAGGUGAAAUGCCUCAAGGAUGCCUUUAGCCUUUUAAACAAUGGGUUUCAUUGCCUUCUUCUAAGUGCAAGUCUGGUUGUGUAGUUGAUAUGGUCAUGAAUUUAGUCACUCUUAAUUUCUUUCAUCUGAUUCUGCAACUAAAGAAAACUUCUGUGGUCAGAACUUAAUAAUCUUGCAUAAGCAUCUCAGUGUUGAAGUCAAGUCGAUGGAUUUACAUGCAUUUAAUUUCCGUGGUCCCUUCUUCCCUUGAGAGACCUAAGUUAUUACAUUGUAAAGUCUCAACCAAAAUUUUGUUGUAAUCCAUGGAACUCAUAAUGGUUAAGCCUCCAAUAAAGCAAGGAGCUCAGCCUUUAUGGCUAAUCCUUUCACUAGGAAAUUUGGAAAAUGCUUUAACUAGAAGUCCCUUGUCUCAAAAGAUACCACCAAUAAUGAAAGUCUUUACCUGAAGGUAAUCGUCAAAGUUAAGCUUGAGGUAACUUUGUUCUUAAGUUUUCAUUCUAAAACAGCUUUGGCAGCCUCCUACUAGAAGAGAAUAGAAUUCGCCAACCUAAACAGAUCAUGCUUGUUGACUUCCCACGAAAGAUCGAAGAGAUCUGAGAUUGGGGAAGGAGGUGGGGGAGAAGAAAGAUUUGCAUGAUGACUCACAUUGAUUUUCUUCUAUCCUGAAAAUCUUGGCAUUUCUCUCUACCAGUAUUACCCAAAGAAUGACAGUUAAAAGUCACCUGCUAGAGGACCCUACAACUGGCAUUGCUUCCAAAAUCUGGAAAUGUGAUAAUCAUCAAAUUUAUUAUGUUCCUGGUCCCCAAUUGAAAUAAUCUAUGCUAGAGUGUUAAGACCACGUGUCAGUGGAGAAAUAAAUGAUUAGUUGUUUCUCUAUAACCCAUACACAUAAUUGACCACUAUCAUAUUAGUGCUGACCUUUUUGUUUGACCAGCCAGGCAAUAACCUUAAUUUUUAGGCAGGGCUUUGGAUUUUCAAAUAAAAUUAGCCUGAGGAGAAGAAUAUGGUUGGCUAGAAGAAAAAACCAGAAUGAAUGAACACAAGGAAAAUAACCCUAAGGUCAAUGACCAAAUUAUAUUGAGAAAAGAAGGUGAAAGAUAAACAUGAAGCAAAGGGGACAUUAAAGUGCUUAUCAAAAGAAAUAAAAAAUAAGGAAUACAUCAAAGUGGUGGUAUCAUAACUUUCCUGGUCAUUUGUAAGAGUCUAUUUUGAAGGUCUUUUCAGGAGUGCGAGUGGGAGACUGUAGAUAGGCUUAUUGAGAGUAUUCCUUAUGUGAGUUUGACUGGGUAAAGGGAAGAUUCCAUGUUGUGGAGGGAAAGGAAGGAGGAGAGGUUCUAACUGAAGUCUUUCUACAACUCAAUGUGCUCGAGGGAUAUUUCUUUUUGCUAAAAAAGAGAUGUGAGGUUAGAUGUGCCCCUUUGAGAGCUUGUUUCUUUGCUCGGGAAGCAGUGUGGGAGAAGAUUUUAACAACGGACCAAAUACUGAGGGGAUGGUCUUUGGUGGCUAUAUGCAGUUUGGGCAGAGCUAGUGUCGAAUUUUUAAGCCAUAACUCACUAUGAAAAAGCUUGGUUAUUGUGGUAAUGUUAUUUUUUAUCUUUGGGAUUCAGGUGGUUUUUGUAAGAUCAAUCAAAAAUCUCGUGGGUUGAGAGGCUUGGGGCAUGAAUAAAAGGUUGAUGAAGGUGUGGAGUAUAGCUCAUCUUUGUCUUUUUUUUAGUGCAUUCAGAAAUACUGUACAGUUGGAUUUUCAAUAGUAGAGGUUUUCAUCCAGAGAUUAAAAGUUCCAUAAAAUCUUACCUGUGGUCUAAAGUCUCAUUAGGGAUGGUUAAUCACUCUUUGCAUGACUUAGUUGAUGGCUUAAGUAGAAGAUGGUUGAUUUUUGAAUAGUUUCCUAUUUUCACUCACAUUGUGGUUCCCAUCGUAAAAUUUCAGCAUGCAUUGGUUGGCCCUCCCUUUUUUGCUGGGAGCUGUUUAAUAUUUAUCAAAGCAGAACAAAAGGAGGUUCUAAGAUGGAGAGAGAAAAUAUCUACAUCUAGAACUAAAAGGAGGCUAGCAUAGAGGAAACAUGUACCCUAAUAUAGAAGAAAUGGGAGAAUAUCUAUACCCUAAUCCAUGAUGAGAUAAACAAAUCCAAAAGUUUGCUUUGAUUUGAUUUUAACAAUCUCUCUAGUUGUUUACACCAUCAUAUGCUUCUCAGUGUGUCUUGGUCAUUCUAGUCUAUCUCUUGCUUUGUUGUUCAAGUAUUAUGAGUAUUGACAAAUCAGGAGUGACUGCACACUUCAGCAUUCUCUUAGCAAAUGGCUUUUGAAUAUUCUCUUUUGACUUUGAAUGGAUUGGGAUGCAUGGCAAAUAAUCCCCAGUGCACUCUUGAAUCACUUACAUAAGAAGAGAGCACAAUUUAGUAUGGACCAUAGAAAAACUUGCAUGUCGGUGUCAAGUUGAGCUGUCUGGAUUAGGGAAUUUUGGUAGUUGGCUGUCCAUAAUAAAAUGCUUGAGUUGGCCUUAUAAACAAAUUUUUUGUAUUACCAGCUGUUUAGGUUUCAGUUGUGUGCCAAGAUGAAGAGGAGAAUGUCUGUAGAUAUAUGUUAAUCUAUCAAAAAAAAAAAUGUCUGUAGAUAUAUGUUAGCCAACCGGCUUCAUGCUAGCACACCAUGUUUGUGCCUUUUAGAUCCUCACCCUGAACCCAAACACACACAACCAACCCCCCCACCCCACCCCUUCCUCUGAAGUUAAGCUGCAAGGCAUUGCCGUUCCUCUCUUCUAUUGGGUUUGUUAUCAUUCAUUGGACCCCCCAAAAGUGAACACACUGGUUUUGCAGAGGCUGAGUGGCUGACAAGAAUCUGCACUUCUAGACAUGUGUCCCAGUUGCAUAUUUAGUUGGUCAUCCUAUGCCUUAUGUUUUCCUUCACUGGCAAAAGCAAUAGUAUUUUUGUGUUCUGGGAGAUUCUUUCCCUUAAAAAGAAAUCGGCUUUUCAAAUUGUGAACCUACCUAAACAUAAAAAUAUGGAGUGGUCCAUCCAUGAAUUGGCCUGCACAAUUUGUUUCUCUUCUAUGGGUUGAUGAGUAUUGUUUCCAUUUGCUUCAUUAUCAUCUCUCUCUCUCCUGGGGUUUAAGCUAGUUUGAUAUUCUUUUGGAUGGCUACAAAUUGGUUUACCCACCUAAACAUAAAAAUAUGGGGUGGUCUAUCCAUAAAUUGGUCUGCACAAUUUGUUUCUCUUCUAUGGAUUGAUGAGUAUUGUUUACAUUUGCUUCAUUAUCAUCUCUCUCUCUCUUCUGGGGUUUAAGCUAGUUUGAUAUUCUUUUGGAUGGCUACGAGUUGGUUUUAAACUUCUUUUUUUACAUGAUUUAUUGUGUUGCAGAGGAUGUACAAAUCACCAAACUCAGUGGUCAAUAAGGCAAGAACUCAGUUGCUGAACAAACAGCGGAUGUUGUCCCAGG